CUCUCUUUCUCUCUCCCUCUUUGCUUCUCCUCCCACUCCCACCCCCAGAAGAGAGAGAGAGAGAGAGAGAGAGACAGAGAGAGAGAUGACGCAGUGGCUGCCGGUGACGACACCGUUAGCCCCAACAACAGGGAUGAAAUCGUCCUUCUUUUCCCCGCAGUCCCUCGGGUUUCUGAGCGCCAAGGUGAAGGUGGCUUCUUCGUCUGCUUCGUCUUCUUGGACCUCCUCCUCCCCAAUGCCAAGGCCCUCCAUCUCCAUCUCCAUGCGUCUUGCCUCCAAGCAAGCCUACAUCUGUCGCGAUUGCGGCUACAUUUACAAAGACCGCACUCCCUUCGACAAGUUACCCGACAACUACUUCUGCCCUGUUUGUGGUGCUCCCAAACGGAGAUUUAGGGCAUACGGGGAGUCUGCCGUGGCCAAGAAUGCUAAUGCCCAGGAUGUUCGCAAGGCAAGGAAAGCUCAAAUCCAGAGGGACGAAGCUAUUGGGCGAUUUUUUCCCAUUGGUGUGGCAGUUGGAGCUGUUGCCCUCGUUGCUUUAUAUUUCUAUCUCAACAGUUUAUUCUAGUCUUCUUAUCCUCUGCUUUGCUUCUGUUUCAUUUGCGCAAAUAUUUGUUGAGAAAACAUCAUCCAUUACAUAUCUUGACAGAUUUUCCUUCCCUGUAAGCAAAUGUGCUGCAAUAAACAGGAUUUUGUUUCUUAUCAAACUGGUUUAUAUUAGAUAGAAAGAAUUGAUUGUCAAGAGUGAACAUUCCAGGGCUAAAGAACGGGAUUUUUGUGA